AUGGGGUCUCGGGGGCUGCUGGUGCUUCUGCUGCUCCUUCUGGCCGGGACUCCCAGGGACGACCCUCCUGUGACCGAGGCCCUCGAGCCCGCGGAGCUGGUGUGGAGUUCCAAGAGGCCCACGCCGGUCACGGACGUUUCUUCUCUGUGUGUGUGUGACCUGUUAGUAGAAGAAUGUGAUAUUAACUGCUGCUGUGAUCCUGACUGCAGCCCCACAGAUUUCAGUAUUUUCUCAAAAUGCUCAGUUCCAUUUGUCAAAGAGAACAAUAACUUCUGCAUUCAGAAGGUAGCUGUAUAUUCUAUUAAUUUUACAGCAUAUCCACCUCAAAGAAUAUUUAAAGUAAUUGAACAAUCCAAUCCAUCUUUUUUCUGCAUCAGCACUCUAAACUAUAAAUUGGCAUUUUCCUUUAUUACUCCCAAAUUCCCUAAUGAAAAUAAUUUUGAUAAUUUCAUGAGACACUCUGCUAAUUUUGUCGGCAAUAAAGGAUCAGACAUAUUUCAUCCAACCGUAUUAGGAACCAAAUACAAGUAUGGUGUUCCACUGCAGACUUCAGAUUCAUUUCUGAAACUUCCAAGCCCUUCAGUCUCCAUUGAAUGUGUAGAUAACAAUCCUAUAGGCUUUCUGAUGGACCAGACUGUUGAAUGUAGCAGAAUAAUAACUCUGGAACAGUGCAGUAAAAUAAAAGCUCUUCAUAUGGAUCAUUAUACCCAGCCCAAAAUUUUGGCAGUACCUAAUUCACAUAAAGAGAUUAAUAUAAUUGUCCAGUCCAUAUUUAUGAGAUCGCUAAAUAAAACAUUGAGUCAACUUGCCCUCAAUGAUGUUCCUGUGGAGCCCACUUUCACCCAGGUUGAUGGUCGGGAAGUCUGCACUAAUGUUGUUCUUAAGGCAAAGUACAGUAUCAUCUACACAGUGGCUGGUGAAAUCACAGGGGCCAAUCUCCAUCUCCAUCUUGGAGUGGUCAGUAGCACAAUGCUUCCAAUCCAACAGCAAUUUCAAGUUAGUUUUAUUCAGGAAAAUGCUAAGCCAUCCUUACAUCUCAGUGGAAAUCCGGGUUAUAUUACAGGGCUACCAUUAUUGGCUGGAUUUUAUAAGGAUUCAGGUGUUAUUCAAAGUAGUAACAGAUAUAGACAAUUUACCAUCCUUCAGAACACAGCUGGGCAGGACUGCUUAGCAGCAGAAGGAAUUCGAACCCCAAUAUUAUUUGGUUACAAUAUGAUCUCUGGCUGCUCACUAAUCUUGCCGAUAAAUACCAAAUGCCAACAACUCGUGGAAAAGAUGACAAAUUUACUGAAGGGACAAAACUUCCCAGAAUUUGUAUUCUCUUUUGGAAAUUCUCUGGCCCAGAAUAGUAGAGAAUGGGUUCCUGUCCAGUUCACCACUGAGAUUCUAGAAAAAAAGGAUCUUUGUGUGAUUCCAGUGGCCUUGGAUAUAAAAGUGAGUUGGACAAAGUUUGGUUCCUUAGUAAACCCACAGGCCAAGAUAGUCAGUGUUUCAGCCAAAAUGACUUCAUCUUCCAUUCCCCAGUCUUACUCAAGAAAUAAAGUUGUGACUCAUGUAACUACUGUGGUUAGAUUUGUUGACGUGUCCGCACCUGCAAAAGCAGGUUACAGAGCUCAGCCAACCAUUGAUGCCCGCCUGCCCUCCAAUUUCUUCUUUCCAUUUGUUUGAUAAUGUCCACAGCUAAGGAAUUUAAUACUUCUGAAAUAUGUGGAAAACAAUUUUGAAAGUGUACAUUUGGCA